AGAUUCUACCGAUGUGUUUGCGGACCAGUCUCUCUGAUUUUCCUGCUUCUUUCUGGUUAAUUUCAGUGCAGAGCCACGCAAAUAAUAGCAUUAUUACAUCGUUGAACCCGUCUUGUCGCUAAAGACUGGGAACUAGUAGACGGAAGACGGUUGCAUCAUGAGAUCGAGGCGGGAGGAAGAGUAAAUUUAAAGAAAACAAAUUGCUGUCAUAUCUUUUGCAAGGCUUAAAAGAAAAGCAAUUUGACUUUGGAGGAAACUACUGCUAUAAAGUGCAUAUGUAAAAUGUCAAACGAGCGGCGAGAUCGACGGCUACGGGAGAAUGAGCGGGAGUCUCGAACACAUAGGUCUUCCUCGCACAGACAUCGUUCAAAUGAAACCCAUAAUCAUGAUCGAAGACAUCGAAGACAUCGUCACCGACGCAGAAUACCUCAUCCAGAAAUGGAGCCUCGGUCUUCCACACACAUAUACUUUAAUGGAUCGGCAAGCAAUGUGCCUUCCGUUUCAGUUCACACUGAUCAUGUUACCUUGGCUUCCAGUUUGAACUCGUUUAAUGAAGGAAUGGACACAUUGCUUGAUAAUUGCUUUGAGCUACUGGGUCGUCUGCGAAAGAAUCCCAUUGUUUAUUCCGGGAAUUCACAACAAACCAGUUCUAAUGGGAAACGUGGGGUUAACCAUUCUAAUUUAGCAGCCGUGCCGACAUCUCAAAAACCGAAACCAGUGAGUUUUAGUGGGAUAUUGGAAACCUUCAAGACUUGUAGUACUGUCCCUGCAACAGAAACUAAAGCACAGUUAAUACAGAGCUUAGUUUCUCACACUGAAGCAAAACUAGAUGUAAUUGACAUUUCACUGACAUGCCCCCUUACACGCUCACGAAUGGUAACUCCAGUGCGUGGAAGGAACUGUACACAUGUGAGCUGUUUUGAUGGAGAAGCAUAUCUUCGGCUUAUGUGGGAAAAGCGAGUUGAAAAGUGGAAAUGCCCAAUUUGCAAAACCCUUACACCCCUUUCUGAGUUGGUAAUAGAUGGAUUUAUCCAGGGGAUUUUAGAAUCAGUGCCUGAAGAUAUGAAGAGUGUGGAGUUUACUCCUGAAGGCUUCUGGAGAAUCAAAGAGGGCAGUGAAUCAUUCUUGCCAAUCAAAAAGUCUUCUGUUGACUGUUACAGUGACUCCAAUCAACAAAAUACUGUUAUUGAUCUGACAUUUGAUACACCACCAAAAAUUGUACCCAAGAAGAUUUCUAAUGGUGAUGAAAAUUGUGGUGGAAGUAAUCCACAAAUUCAAGUCAUAGAUCUCACGGUGUCUCCUUAACCCUAUAACUCCCGUGAGUGACCAAGAAAGAAUUUCUCCUUACUACAUCUGUAAAAUAUCAUGCAGACAAGUGAUGAGAAUAAAGAAAAAUAUCAAUUAUAUGAUUACUAAUUGAUUCAAUACCAAAUUCUCCAAACUAACAUGAUGAAAAUCAUUUGGCAGAUAGUAAGGAGAAUUACUAAUGAGAUCUUGGGAGUUAAAGGGUUAAAAUAUAGUCAAGUACCUUUAUUUUACUCAUUUCAACUUAUUUGCUGAGAUGACAGCAACUUACAGAUUUGCCUUGAAGAAAUAAUGAUUUUCACAUGUACCACUGUGUAACAAAUAUUUUGUGGUUGCAAUGUUUGCAGAUUUGGUGAAAUGUCACUGAUUGCCAAAAACCAACUUCAUUUUACAUUGUUAUUAAGUUCUGAAUAUUAUGUUUCGUUGGAUGUUAAUGUGGUGCUUCUUGAAAAGUAAAUGCAAAAAU